ACAAAAGAAAACCCGAUAAGGAUUUUGACAGCUGUGAACGCGUAAAGGAAGACCACGACUCGGUCAACUCAUCCUGUUUUAACUCGGCUUCCACUAGAUCUUUAACUCACUUCUCUGUUUCGUCUUCGACGUCUCUCCGUUCCUCUCUCAUGGAGAAUCUUUGCGGAAAUCCUAGCUUCUCUCUCCUCCUGUUUCUCUCUCUACACCUUCUAGUUGUCUCCUCUCUCUACCACCGCUUCUCUCCCGUCGACAAUUACCUCAUCAACUGUGGAUCCUCCGACGAGGUCACCGUUGACGGAAACAACAGGAAAUUCAUGGGAGACUCGGUCAAGUCCGACUCGGUGAUGAUGUGCGGGACUCGGACGAUCUCUAUCAGGGACUCAAAUCCUGAUCUGGGUUUGUCCCCAAUCUACCACACGGCUAGGGUUUUCACAAAACCAUCGAAGUACGAGUUCGAGAUCAGAGACAAGGGGACUCACGCGGUACGUAUUCAUUUCCACCAGUUGAAUUCUGCCAAGUACGAUGUUAGUGAUGCUCUGUUUCAUGUUUCGGUUAAUGGGUUUCUGGUUUUGAGCAAUUUCACUGGUUACGAUAAUGAAAACGCUAGAAUUAAGGAGUACUUGAUCUGGGUCGAUGCUGAAAAGCUUGUCAUUGAGUUUAUUCCAUCAAAAAGAUCGAAAUUUGCGUUUGUUAAUGCAAUUGAGGUGAUUUCUGCGCCAAAGGAUUUGAUUGCUGAUACAGCUCAGUUUGUGAAUGGUGAUAGUGUUGAGAAUUUUGAUGGGUUGACGAAACAAGCGCUUGAAGUUGUGUAUAGAGUCAAUGUUGGAGGUCCUAAGGUGACCCCAUUUAAUGAUUCUUUGUGGAGGACUUGGGUUCCUGACGAGGAGUUCUUGAAAUUUAGUGAGGGCUCAAGUAGGGUUUAUACUAGUGGUCGGAUUAGGUACCAAAUGGGAGGGGCAAGCCGUGAAGUCUGUCCAGAUAACGUUUACAAUUCUGCUAGAGUGAUUAGUAGUUCAAAUGCAACGGUUCCAAAUCAUAACAUUACUUGGGGUUUCGAUGUGGUUGAAGGGUAUAAGUAUCUUGUUCGGAUGCAUUUUUGUGAUAUUGCUAGCAUUGCAAUCGGUCUGAUUUACUUUAAUGUUCAUGUUGAUGGCCAUUUGGUGUAUAAAGAUAUGGACCUCUCUUACAUUACAAAUGAAGUGUUGUCUUCUCCUUUCUAUGCCGACUUUGUGGUUGAUGGAGAUAGUUCAGGGGUAUUGACGGUAAGUGUAGGACCUUCGAGUAAGAGUUUUCCAUAUGCAGUCGAUGCUAUUCUGAAUGGGGUUGAGAUCAUGAAGUUGAACAAUUCAAUGGGUAGUCUUGAUGGAGAGGUUUCAGUGGAACAAGUUUUGAAGAAUUGGCCAAGAGGAAAUAUUGGUGUUUCGGUUGCUUUGUUUGCUUCUGUGUGCUUGUUACUAACUGCAUCACUGCUUAUGCAUAGGAGAAGGGUUGGAGUAAAGGACUCUGUGGCAUGGUCACCAUUACCAAUGGAUAUCUCUAAAGGUAAUCUGAAGUCCAACAAUCAAUUUUCAUGUGGUAAAGUGGAAUGCUCUUAAAGGAUUAUUAAGAUCUUGUAACGUAUAUCUCAGAUAUUUUAUACAAGGGUACUAGAGAUACCUUUAGUACUAGUAUAAUCAAAGAUUGUCAUAAAUGUAAAUUUGAAGCUUCAAUGAAGCUUCUUAUGUGGAGAGUGUUGUAUUUUUCUUUUUAAAUACAUUGUAUUAUGUUAGGUGUAUUAACACGAUGUGGUUUAAUCCUAAAAUAUGUUUUCCUAUC